GUAACGAAACACACAACGAAUGUCAGAUGACACAUCGGCAUCCGUCUGGAACGAUGGCGGCCCUCCAGAAAUUCAGGAACAAAAGCCAAAAAGCCCACCGCCGCCACUGCCUACAUCGAAUCCAGUAGUCAAAGAUACUCCAAAUGUAGUACCCACCGGCGAUCUAAUUCAGUUCGAAAGUGAGGAGGAGCGGGCGGCGACGACAGUUCCCAACGGAAAUCCUGUGAUUUUCGAGAAAAAUCCGGCGAUGGAUGGGCUUUUGCGCGAAUUUCUGAAGGAAGAGGAGGCCUACACGCCGCAGGACUAUUUGCGCAGAUUUUAUCAAAUCCGAGUGGAACAGGAAAAACUGCGAAUGGAAGCCGAAUAUCGGUCAGAGUGUGCCGUCGCACCGCAACAUUAUGCUCGAAAUCGAUAUCGCGACAUUUUGCCGUAUGACAAAAAUCGUGUGGAAAUCCAAAAAGACAGUGAAAACCCCGAAGGAUAUAUGAACGCUUCACUAAUUCAAUUGCCUGGUGGAAAAACUGAAUUUAUUGCGGCACAGGCUCCGCUACCGGCUACACUCGACGAAUGGUGGAAAAUGAUCGACGAGCAUCGUGUCUCACUAGUGGUAAUUCUGUGUAAACUAGUCGAGUUGAACAAGAUAAAAUGCGAAAGAUACUGGCCAGAACAAGUCGGUGAAAGUGAACUUUUCGGUGAUUACGAGAUCACUUUAGAAGAGGAGAAACUCUUUGACGAUGAUGAAUAUUUAAUGAGAUGUCUAAAAAUGGAGAAUCAAACAACAGGAGAAUGUCGAAAAGUUCAUCAACUUCAUUAUCGAGAAUGGCCAGAUCAUGGAUGUCCGUCUGGAGAGAAGCAACUAUUGAAUAUGAUUGAUUUAAUGGAGAAUAUUCAUGAAGAAGUGUCCCCCCAAGAUUCUUCACCGAUUCUUGUACAUUGUAGUGCGGGUGUUGGUAGAACGGGCACAAUUAUUGCGAUUAAUUUUAUUCGUGAACAAAUGAAAGCCGAGACACUUCAUAGUAUUGAUAUUUUUGGAUUGGUUAUGACGUUGCGGAAGCAGAGAGCCAGUAUGGUUCAGACGCAGGACCAAUUCCAAUUCGUUCACCGCUGCAUUGCCUCCUACUGCCGUCGACAUUUGGGAAUCAUCGAGGAGCCGAAGCUUGAUCUUGCUCCACCAGUUGCCACUGCUGAUCUUCCAGUCGGAUCUUCGGGCUCCGUGAGGCUUAUCGCACCUCCAACACCAACUACAGGACCAUCGACAGAUCAAACGGCGACCAUUGCGAAUUACAACCAACUACAUCAUCAUCAGUCAUCAUCAAAUCAUAUGGAUGAGGACACUUCUACAGAAGAAGCCGCAAGUGUGCCGGAUUUUCCGGAAGAGCCGCCUGCCCCGAUGGGGCCGGAGGAUCUUGGCAGCAGCGCGGCAUUUUGAAUCCCGAAACAACGUCAGCAAUCCGAUCAUCAAUCGACUCAUUCGUAGAACGUGCAUCAAGUGUAAUUCGCGAGCAAAAGGGCCGUCUCGAGCGUGGAACCUCUCGUUUUCUAGACUCAAUUAAAAAAUCAGCAACCACCACCACCACCACCACCACCACCACCACCACCACCGUCGACCAACAACAACAACUACAAUAAUUCCUCGUUUUUCUCAUAGUUUUAUUGAUUUUUUCAUGAUUUAUUGGUAUUUUCCUUCCCAAAUUUGUAUUAAUUCCUUAAAAAAUUUUCCCGCUUACUUCACACAUAUCGGGUGCCAAUUCUCAUCCUCUUCCCCCCCCCCCCGCCUACACAAAAAAUUUCCUUUUUUCUCUAAUUUUUCCACCAAAAUUAUUUGUACCCUUAUUGUGAUUUUAUGGUUUUAUUAUUAUUAUUAUUUCUAUUUUACCUGUGUUUUUUUCUGUUUUUCUCAUCGUAUUUGCCUUAUUUUAUAUAUAUAUAUCACUCCAAAAAAUUUCGACUUUUUCCUUAAAAAAAAAUUUCCCGAUUCUCUCCGGUCUCCCAAAACACCCUCCCCUACCCCAACCCUCCAAUCUGAAAAAAAAAACCUAUUUCGCUUGAUCUAGAAUGGAAACAGAAUGAACAUCUUUUGGAUUUA